UAUUCUGUUGUUUAUUUUGCACACUUAAGUUGUGUAUAAUUUAUGUUAAUUUAAAUGCAUGCAUUUAUAUUUGUUCUCGUUGUGUAAUGCGGUGUGCUGCUGCGGCAAAAUGCGAUCUUCACUGGCAUUUUUGUCCUGACCGCGGACUUGAAGCUGAACUUCCCAUCCACAUGUCCCUUUCUCCAGCCUCUGUCCCCUCCUUCCAUCACCUGUCCUUCGAUCUCUGCUGUCCAUAUUCAAUUCUAUCCCAUCCUCUCUCCCCAUCUCCCUCCCCUCUUUCACUGCCCUUCCCCACCCGCCCCCCGAUUACUCCGCUGGGAGGGGCAUCUCCAGGUGUCACCACUUCCUGGUGAAGGAGCGGCGGCCUCAUGACUUACCGGGAUUUUCUGGGGGAUUGGAACCGGGCCGUGCAGGCCAUCGACCGCAGAGACUGGCACUCCGCACUCGACUGUCUGACCAGGGUGGCCGAGCCCAACUCCAGGAUCUGCUUCAACCUCGGCUGCGUCCGCCUGCACCUGGGAGACUUGCCCGGGGCCCUCAAGGCUUUUGACCUAACCAUAGCCAAAGAUGAGCGACUGGCAAUCUGCUUCUUCCAGAGAGGUGUGGUUCAUCUGCGACUGAACAUGUUCGAUGAGGCAGAGGGAGAUUUUAGAAACGCCCUGACCAACUUACGAGGUCAUUCAGUGAUCGACUACACCCAGCUUGGACUUAGACACAAACUGCACUCCUGGGAGGUUCUAUACAACAUGGCUGUGGUUUACUGUAGACUUGGUCAAUGGGCAGAGGCCCAGCAGACACUGGCAGAUGCAGUGCGUGUGAAACCCUUGGGCAGCAAUGCUAAGCUGGACAGUGCACUUUCCAAGGUGAAGAGCCAAAAUGCCUUUGAGCCAAUUGAUGUGCCUGAGGGGAUCGUGUUCAGACCUAGCAAACAUGAGGUGGACGAACUGAAACUCAAGGACUUCCUGGGAACGUCCAAAGUGAUCUCCUCUGUAGUCCCAUAUGACAGCUUCGCUGGAUUCGGACCUCUUCGCCCAGUGGGUCUUGCUUCUGCUGAAACAAGUAUUGCUCUCCAGACAUUGAGCUCACCAGCAGGAACUCAAGCACCAAUGAUGCCUGCAUCAGCAGCUAUACUCAGCAAGGUCUCACCGAACCCUGAGUCGGUGAUAAUGAAGGUUCACUAUGAGUAUUCAGCGGCGGCAAGAGUGGAACCUGGCACAUCUUACCCUGAUCUUCUAAACAUCAUCAAAUCCAAACUCAGCCAACAGUCAGGAUGGAUGGAAUUGAGUUACAAAGAUGAGGAAAAGCAAGAGCUAGUGCCCAUCAGAGGAGAGGAAGAUCUGAAAAAGAUGUGGAAACAGGUUGUCGAAAGACAUAUUACUGUCUGGUGCAAGUCUACAGAUCCUUUAGCUGGACGCCAAGUGCUCUACAAAGCCCUGGCUCUUUAUAACUACAGUGGACAAGGUCCUGAGGAUAUGGAGUUUAAUGAAGGCGAUGUCAUCGAUGUACUAUCUGAAGUGAAUGAGGAGUGGCUGGAGGGACAUUCCAAUGGGAAUAUUGGCAUUUUCCCUCGGUGUUUUGUAGGACCACAAAAGCUGGAAACCACCAACUCCAAGGAAUCAUCUUGCUCUGAAGUUACAGGAGCUUCUAGGAAGGCAUCUUUAGCAGAGACCAACUCUGAAACAAAACAUUUGGGAACCCUCUGAGGUGGCAGAGAGAGGUCUGGCCAAUAACUGGGAGUGGCUGUGGGUUAUAGUUUAUUUUCGAAGGGAUGUAUGUUUGACCUCAGAAAGGAGAUAACCCUGAUCUUUCUGAGACAUAGUCUCCAGGCAAGGGAAUGGAUUCCUUAGUCUCUGGGUAGUUAGGAUUUCUUCAUUCUCUGAAGGAUGAAGGGCACUAAUCUCCUAAGGGUGGGUCAUGUGUGGAUGUUGGUUUGUUUGAACGCUGGGAGUACAGAGCCCUGCCACAGUGGACCAAACAAAUCCCCAGCUCAGCCUCAGAUUUUGCUCCUCUGGAGAGAGAAUGGUCAGAUUCAGGGGUUGUUGGUAUGGUCAGUAUUUUUAAAAAAGGGGAUGGUAUAUUUUGAUUUCCAAUGGUGGAAGUCUUGAACAUCUCUCUGGGUGAUUUCCUUUUGAUUCCAGAGAGGAAACAAAAGUUCAAGUUAGAGUGAGUAUAACACUCUCUGGGGUUGGUCUCUGGGAAGGGUCUGCUUAGUCUCUCGGGGAGAUGAGGUAGAGUUUCUGAAUGGUCCCAGGGAUAUAAUCUUGUCUCCUUACCCAACAACAUGUAUAGAUGCCAUAGAGGCAAUUCAGCAAAGAUUCACUAGACUGGUUCUAGGUGCCUUGGGGUUUGUUAUUAGUAAAUAUUUAUUAGGCAUUGUAUUCUCUAGAGUUUAAAAGAAUAGGAGGAGAUCUAAUUGAAAUUUAAAAAUUAAUUAACAUGCUUAGCAGUCUAGAGUAGAAAGGAUAUUUUCCUUGUGGGAGGAGUCUAGGACAAGAGGCCCAGUUUGUGAAUAAAGUUUAGAUUUAGAAUUAGAAUGAGGAGAAUUUAUUUAACUUAGAAGCUGGUGAAACUUUGGAAUUCUGUAUCCCCUUCAAAACACAGACUGAUUUUAUGGGCAUUAAGGGAUUUGGGAAUAAUGUAGGAAUGUUGCAUGAGGUAGAGAAUUAGUGUGACCAUGAUUAAUAGUGGAGUAGGAUCAAAGGGCCAAUAGCCUAGCUUUAAAAAAAUGUUUUUAUGCACAUCUUUCAGCAAGAGGAAAGAAAAUCUCUUUAGGAGUAAAGGUGAUCUCAAAUAUUUCUGCUAUUAAAGAGUUUGAAGUUUCUCUCUCUCAAUUUUGGUUUAUCUUAGUUAAAACAUUUUUCAUUGAAUUAAAUGUUUACAUACUAUUAAUAUAAAAUCGGUAAGGAAAAGCUUCCAACAAAGGAGUCAACCUGUCACCAGACACAUCUAUAAUCUUAUCUUCUGGUUAAGUGCCUUACUGUACAGUUUACCUUUAUUUAUCAGCUGUUUGGUUCACUAAAGAUCUA